CUGCACCUUCUUCAGCUUUUUACAAACACUAAUAAGGACUAUCCAAAUGGAGGACCAAGACCGCUUCUCUGCAAUUUUCCGUCUCCAUCUCCAUCUCCGUCUUGACUCCUCUCUUCUUGCUUCUUCUCGCUGUUCCUCUCCUUCCUCCCAAUUUCUCAACCAUAUUGCGAUGAAUUCCUAUUCUUAAAGCUCUCUUUGCUCUCAAGAUCUCGUUCCUAUAAAUGACAACUACCUAUCCCAUUCGCUGAUGCGGUCUGGAACCCUAGAUCCCCGAACACUAAAUCCUAUUUCACUACCUAAUCCGGCCAAAAAGGUUUACCAUUCUCCAAUCAGCUAAACCCCUAUAUUUCUCUUCAAAUGAAGCAAUCUUCUCCUUGCCAACCUCCUGCAUCUUCGUCAAAACCUUCUUCGGUUCUCCCUUACAAGACCUCGAAUCUUCGAGACCACUACAAGAUUGGUCGGAAGCUUGGUCAGGGCCAAUUCGGUACUACUUACCUUUGCGUGGAUAAGUCCAAUGGCAAGGAGUACGCCUGCAAGUCGAUUCCCAAGCGGAAGCUGCUCUGCAGAGAGGACUAUGAGGAUGUUUGGCGUGAGAUCCAGAUCAUGCACCAUCUAUCGGAGCAUCCUAAUGUGGUGAGGAUCAAGGGGACGUAUGAGGACUUGCUCUUUGUGCAUUUGGUCAUGGAGUUAUGCGCCGGCGGCGAGUUGUUCGAUAGGAUUAUACAAAAGGGUCAUUACAGCGAGCGGAAGGCUGCGCAGCUCAUCAAGACAAUCGUUGCGGUCGUUGAGGCUUGUCAUUCGUUGGGCGUGAUGCAUCGGGACCUCAAGCCAGAAAAUUUUUUGUUCUCGAAUGCAGACGAGGAUGCAACGCUUAAGGCAACGGAUUUUGGCCUCUCUGUAUUCUAUAAGCCAGGUGAAAUGCUAUCUGAUGUAGUGGGAAGCCCCUACUAUGUUGCACCUGAAGUUCUACGUAAAUAUUAUAGUCUAGAAGCAGAUGUGUGGAGUGCUGGAGUGAUAUUGUAUAUUUUACUCUGCGGCGUUCCACCUUUUUGGGCAGAAACUGAAGCGGGGAUCUUCAAGCAGAUUUUACAAGGGCAUCUGGAUUUUGAAUCUGAACCAUGGCCUAGCAUUUCUGACAGUGCUAAAGACUUGAUCCGUAAUAUGCUCAAUCGAGAUCCAAAAAAGAGAUUUACAGCUCACCAAGUUCUUUGUCAUCCAUGGAUUGUUGAUGACAGAGUGGCACCUGACAGGCCGUUAGAUUCUGCUGUCUUAUCACGCUUGAAGCAGUUCUCUGCAAUGAACAAGCUUAAGAAGAUGGCUUUACGCGUUAUAGCAGAGCAAUUGUCUGAAGAAGAGAUUGGUGGGCUUAGAGAGUUGUUCAAGAUGAUUGACACAGAUAAUAGUGGUACAAUAACAUUUGAUGAACUAAAAGAUGGCUUGAGAAGAGUGGGCUCUGAAUUGACUGAGCAUGAGAUCCAGGCUCUAAUGAAUGCUGCUGAUAUAGACAAUAGUGGUACGAUAGACUACGGUGAAUUUCUUGCUGCUACGGUGCACUUGAAUAAGUUGGAGAGGGAAGAGAACCUGGUAUCUGCUUUUGCUUACUUUGAUAAAGAUAGAAGUGGAUAUAUAACCAUUGAUGAACUCUCCGAAGCUUGCCGAGAAUUUGGACUCAAUGAUGGCCACCUGGAUGAAAUGAUCAAAGAGAUAGAUCAAAACAACGAUGGACAAAUAGAUUACAGUGAGUUCGUUGCAAUGAUGAGAAAGGGAAAUGGAGCUAUUGGAAGGAGGACGAUGACGAGUAGUUUGUGUUUGAAUUUGGGUGAUGCUCUUAGAGCUGCAGCAGAACAAUAGAACAUGAUACGGGGCAUCUCUUUGGAGUAAAACAGGUAAUAUGGGUUCUUUUGUUUCCUGUGCUUCCAGCUAGUGCGCGUUUGACAAGAGAGGCUCCUGUUGUUUAAAUCAUGAUGGAAAAAUCAGUAGGGUGCACGGUUAGCUUAGGCUAUAACUUAAGGGGCAGAAAGUUUUCUAGUUUGGUUGCGUCAACUACUUCUCUCUAAUUGCUAAAAUAAGAUCCUAAGCAGUAGGGAAUGUAUCAAGUUCACCAGAAUGUUACAUCAAAAUGCUUUUUAGCUCAGUUUUUUUAAUUAAUCUUUUGAUUUAGUCUAUUUA